AGCCUAUAAUUCUUUCUGAAAAUAGAAGCCUUCUUCUCCUUAAUUGAUGAAGUUCACAAGAACCCAUCAACAUCGCCCACUACCAUCUUAAUUUCAAGCGAAUACAUGAAACCAUUCAAUUCGCUCUAUCUUCCCUCUUCCAUAGGAUAACUCAUUCUCUCCCUUUCCCUUACAUAAAUUCCAAUUAGGGUUUCUUCCUUCUAAAUUUAAUCCAUUUCCAUCAUGUCUCAAGAGAAUACCACACCAUCAAAACAGCAUAAGAAAGAUGAAUCUCAAAGCUCUGGUGGUGAUGGUUGUAGCCGGAAAACAUCUACUAUGAAGCCACCGGAACAAACAGUCAAGUGCCCUAGAUGUGAUUCACCCAACACAAAAUUCUGCUAUUACAACAAUUACAGUCUCACCCAGCCACGACACUUUUGUAAGACAUGUCGAAGGUACUGGACAAAAGGUGGCGCUUUACGAAACGUUCCAAUUGGCGGCGGUUGCAGGAAGAAUAAGAAGACGAGAUCGGCUUCUUUGAGGUUUUUGAAUGGUGAUUCUUCCUCGAAAGACUCGUCUUUAGAUAUCGGAGGUCUGAGUUUGUUCAGUGGUCUUUCACCACCAGCGAUGGACUUUCAGCUUGGUGGGCUAAACCAGUUCCCUUCUUCAUCAAACAAUCCACCUGCGUACUUGAAUCUUGAUUCAUUGGGUUUUAAUUUUCCUUUAAUGAAACAAGAUCAUCACAAUCAUCAGUUGCAUGGAGGGUUGACAAGUUUUCAAGACAUUGGUGCUACGAAUAAUCUUGCUACCUCUAUAGAAUCUUUAAGUUCUAUAAACCAAGAUUUACAUUGGAAGCUACAGCAACAGAGAUUGGCUGCAUUGUUCAGUACCGGCGGAGGUGGUGGUGGUGGUGGUGGUGGAGGACAAAGUGAUCAGCAACAACAGCAGAAUCAAAUUGUUAUCGAGUCUCAAGCUCAGAAACUUCAACCCAUUUUGUUUCACAACUUGGAGAUUCCAAAACCUUCACAGACCUCCAUGGCUAGUGAUUUAAGAAAAGAUGGUGGUGGCGGAAGUGUUGGGUUGGAGACCGAGUGGUUCUUUGACAACAGUUAUGUACCGAUUAAUGUGGAUCAACCGACAUCAAUGGCUCCAGCGGAUACGAACGCUGCCGGAAAUUAUCAAAGUGGAAGUAUUAACAACUGGAACAAUGGAAUUCAAGUUUGGAACCAAUUCAAUCAGUACAGUGCUCUUCCGUAGUUUCUUCUAAGGAUCGCACCAAUCGAUGGAAAAUCAGAAACUUAUCAGAAUUAUUUACAACGGUUUUUGUUUUUCUACCUUGUUAUUGUAUUUUAAUUUUCUUUUUUCUACUUUUAUAUGUAGCGAUUUAACAAAAAGCAUCAUGAAGAUAUAUAUUAGUUAAUGUUUUUCAUGUCUUUUCAUCUUAUCUUAUGUUCUUAAGUAUGGGUUUUAUGUUAGUAAUAUAAAAUUGCAUUGGUAAUUGUUCAUA